AUGACUCUAAGUCGGCGUCGCCUUCGACGGUCGCUCUUCACCCUGCGGCUCCUCUUCUCAGCCGCAGUUGUGCUCGUCCUCCUGUACACGACACUGGCUUACGACAACCCCAUCAGGCUGUCCCUGCAGUUCAACACCCAAAGGGCAGGACGGUUCAUCACCGGACCGCUGCGGAAUGACCGCUGGCUGUACGAGCGACCGCGGUUUCCAUUGGACUGGGCGACCGACGUGGCCAUCAUCCUGAAGACGGGCUAUGGGACUCAGGAGCGGGCCCUGGCGUGGCUGCAGGCGCUUCCGACCGGCAUCAGCCUGGACAGCGUGCUGGUCGUCGGGGACUUUGCCUCCGAGAUGACCGUGCGGCAUGAUCCGCCGGUAGGGCUCAGGAUUCACGAUGUCGUCUCCGGCGCCCUGCAGAGCCGCGACAGUAUGAUGGGGAAGGAGGAGGACAUGCACCCUGCGCGCGCGGAAAAGUACAGGCUGCUUGCGGCUGCUAUUGCUGCUGGGGAGGACGCGCUGGCCAGGAAUCUCUCGGGGACUUUUGGAUGGGAGCUGGAUGCUAUGAAGUUCAUCCCGGCUCUCGAUCUCGCCUACCGAACCAUGCCGCACAAGAAGUGGUUCAUCAUGGUAGACGACGACACCUACCUGAUCCAGCCGUCACUCAACCUCGUCCUGGGCCACUUCGACCCGGCCACCCCUUACUAUCUCGGCAACGCCGUAGGUGACUACCGACAGCGCUUCGCCCACGGCGGCUCCUCCAUCGCCCUGUCCCACGCCGCGCUCCAGGCCCUCUUCUCCCAGGCCAACAGCCACCGCACAGCCGAAGCCCGCCGCGCCUCGCUGACCGAGACCUGGGGCGACCGCCUCCUGGCCAGGACCCUGCAGGGCGUGGUGGGGAUCCGCAUCGACGAAGCGAGCAGCCGGUUCUUCAACGGCGAGCAGCCGUGGGCGUCGCGGCUGCGGGCGGACCGGUUCUGCGUGCCUGUGGCGUCGUUCCACAGGCUCUCGGCCGAGGAGAUGGGCGAUGUUGGGCGGGUCUUCCGAGUGGUGGCGGAUCCGGUGCUGUGGGUGGACCUGUGGGAGCUGUAUGGGGCGCCGCCGUUUGCGUCGUUUGAGACGAGGCCGCUGCGCCAGGGUUGGGACCAUGUGGGCAGGCUGGAUGAGCAUACCACCACGGUGGAGGGCGUGACGGCGGCGGCUGGGUGUUCGCGGCUUUGUGAGGGCCGUCGUGGGUGUCUGGCGUGGACGUGGCAAGAGGAGGAUGGCUUGUGUCACAUGAGUCCUUGGAUUACGGUCGGGAGUGAGGUGCAAGGUAGAGUGUCUGGAUUGCAUGUGGGCCGGGUGAGGAGGUUUAGUAAUGAAUGUCGAUAA